AUGCCCCCUCUCUCUCUCACUCUCUCUCUCUCUCUCGCUCUCUGUGCAUUUCUCUCUGUCUCGCUGUUAUUUUCUGUUUCUGACUCUUUCUGUUGCUGUCUCUCUGUCUCAUUGUGUCUUUCUCUCACUUUCUUCCUUGUUUUCUUCUCUGUCCACGUGUCUCUUUUUCUGUACGCCUCUCUAUCUCUCUCUAUAUCUCUUUCUGUACGCCUCUCUAUCUAUCUCUAUCUCUCUUUCUGUACGCCUAUCUAUCUAUCUAUCUAUCUCUCUUUCUGUACGCCUAUCUAUCUAUCUAUCUCUAUCUCUCUUUCUGUACGCCUAUCUAUCUAUCUAUCUCUUCUGAGGGAUCAUUCAUCUAUCUAUCUAUCUAUCUAUCUAUCUAUCUCUAUCUCUCUUUCUGUACGCCUAUCUAUCUAUCUCUCUUUCUGUACGCCUAUCUAUCUAUCUAUCUCUCUUUCUGUACGCCCAUUCAUCUAUCUAUCUAUCUCUUUCUGUACGCCUAUCUAUCUAUCUAUCGCUCUUUCUGUACGCCUAUCUAUCUAUCUAUCUCUCUUUCUGUACGCCUAUCUAUCUAUCUGUCUGUCUGUCUAUCUCUUUAUGUUUCUAUAUAUCUCUCUUACCAGUUUCUGUUUGCUAAUCUGUCCUCUCUCUCUCUCUGUUUCUCUCUUACUCUCUCAUUCUCUCUCUCUGUCUCUUUCUCUCUCACCCUGUUUCUAUCUGCUUGUCACUCUCUUCUUUAUCUGGGUGCAGAUAUGUGUAUCUUUAGCUUUUCCUGAUUAUCUAUCUAUCUAUCUAUCUAUCUAUCUAUCUAUCUAUCUAUCUAUCUAUCUAUCUAUCUCACUCUGUUCAUAUCUAUCUAUGCAUCUAUCUAUCUCAGUCUGUUCAUUAUCUCUCUAUAUAUCUAUCUAUCUAUCUAUCUAUCUAUCUAUCUAUCUCAGUCUGUUCAUUAUCUAUCUAUCUAUCUAUCUCAGUCUGUUCAUAUCUAUCUAUCUAUCUAUCUAUCUAUCUAUCUAUCUAUCUAUCUAUCUAUCUAUCUAUCUAUCCAGAUUAUGUAUCUCAGUCUGUUCACUAUCUAUCUAUCUAUCUAUCUAUCUAUCUAUCUAUCUAUCUAUCUAUCUAUCUAUCUAUCUCAGUUUGUUCAUCUAUCUAUCUAUCUAUCUAUCUAUCUAUCUAUCUAUCUAUCUCAGUCUGUUCAUAUCUAUCUAUCUAUCUAUCUAUCUAUCUAUCUAUCUAUCUAUCUAUCUAUCUCAGUCUGUUCAUAUCUAUCUAUCUAUCUAUCUAUCUAUCUAUCUAUCUAUCUAUCUAUCUAUCUAUCUAUCUCAGUCUAUUCUUAUCUAUCUGUCUAUCUAUCUCAGUCUGUUCAUAUCUAUCUAUCUAUCUAUCUAUCUAUCUAUCUAUCUAUCUAUCUAUCUAUCUAUCUAG